AUGAUCAAUCUCGUCAUGUGUCAAAGGCCCCUAAUCGCGUUCCUCUGCGUAUCGAUGUUAAUCAUCAGUGCAGCUAAGAGCAAUGCACAGAUAACAAGUACGGAAGCUGGAAUACCGCAACCCAGUGAGCCUUCGCAGACGAAUAUAACAAGUGUGUACGCUUGGAGUUCUUGGGGCACCUGGAGUAGUUGUUCCAAGACCUGCGGAGGCGGUGUCGCGGUGCAGGAGCGGCAGUGCCUACCGCGGGAUCCCACCAGAUGGCGUCGGAGUAGGAAAAGAAGAAAGCUAGUAAGAAGUACUGACCGUCUUCGAAGAACCAGAGCUACGCAAGUCCCGGACUGCCCUGGACUGGCUAGACGAUACCACGAAUGCAAUACAGCGCCUUGUCCUGGACCAGCGCGUGAUUCAAGAGCUGAGCAAUGUGCCGUGUAUGAUCGGAGACCUUUCCGAGGAAGGUUCUACACCUGGGUGCCUUAUGUUGAUGGUAAUUCCCCGUGCACACUAAAUUGUCGACCCAGAGGUCAGCAGUUCUAUGCAUCCCUUGCGCUCGUUGCUGACGGUACACCAUGCACAAAACCUGGUUUCCGUGCGAUAUGCGUGCAAGGGUCUUGCAAGUGGCCACACCGAGCAGCCUGCAGCGCUGAUCCAUCACUUGUCUUCGAGUUGAGAAUUGUUAAUGCUAUCUGCAAUUUCUUUAACCUUUCCGUAUUCUUAGCGUAG